UGCAGGAGGAGGUGGAGGAGGAGGAGGAGGCCGGGGAGAAGAUGCUGUCAAUCGCUGCCUCCGACUUAAGUGAAUGAGCAUGACCAUGGGUUUAUUCGGAGACGCUAUCGUGUAGCUCAGCAGCCAUUUAUCGGGGAUGGCGAUGGCGUCCCGGUGCACGGAGCAGGCCGUGCAGCAGUUCCUGUCGGAGAGAGGAGGGAGGGUCCGACACACGGAGCUCAUCCAUCAUUUCACAUCACUUUCUGGGGGGUGCAAGGACCAGUCCAGCGAAGGGCUCGAUCCAGAGACGCUGACACGCAUCGUCGACGGCGUGGGGUUCGUGAAGGUGGAAGACGGCGUGAGGUUUGUGUGUUUGAAGGCUGAGGGCAGCGUGGAGGAGGAGAUGAGGACGGAUCCUGCUGAGAUGAACGGAAACACGCUGGACGACACAUGUGUGAACGGCAACCCCGAGAAUAACAGAGACAAAACAGGAGCAGCGAGUCCACCGGCUGCCAGCUUGGACAACGACCAGCUGUCAAAUGGCAACGAGAAACAAGCGGCCUUGUCCCAGAGCAAGACUAGCUCAGGGACUGCCACCCCUGCUGGAGGAGGGGAGGUGAGGCUCAGGGACCGGAGGAGGCGGGAGUCCGCUCCGGUCGUUGGGAUGCAAGACGCGGAUCAGGCUCCCUCGGCCGGGUCACACAGCCAGCAGCUCAGAGGGGCGCGCAGGGUGUCCAAGGGCUCUCAGCGAGCCGUGCUGACCAGCUGCCUGUCAGAAGACAGCGCUCUGGAGGGACUGGAGUCUGUCGGGGACAUCAACACCCCAAAGGGCAGCCGCAGGAACUUCAUAGAGCUGAUGAUGAGCAGUUCUCCUCAGGUUCGGAGGUCUUUGAUCAGUCGUGGCCCACGCAUCCGAGACUCGGUGAAGAGCGACGGCGAUACGUCAUCUCUCCUGUCCUCGGCUACAGAUGAGGACUGCGCCUCGGUGACCCUGGACCCGCUGGAACACGAGUGGAUGCUUUGUGCCUCGGACGGCCUGUGGGAAAGUCUGCAGCCCUUGCUGGCUGUGGAGCCGAGCCUCGUGGCCAAAAGGGACUUCGUGACGGGCUUCACCUGCCUCCACUGGGCGGCCAAGCAGGGCAAAGCUGAGCUGCUCUCCCAGCUGCUGGCCUUCGCCAAGGAGAACACUAUACCUGUGAAUGUGAACUUGAGAUCCAGCGCGGGAUACACACCGCUACACCUGGCUGCCAUGCACAGACACACGCAGGUGGUCCGUCUGCUGCUGUCGGACUGGGAAGCAGACCCUGAAGCCCGAGACUACAGCGGGAGGCGAGCCCUCCAGUACCUGCCCCCCCUGCUGGUUGCUGACCUGCAGCAGGAAGGGGUCGUCACCUCACCGGUGUCGGAGCCAGACCCUGAAAACACCCCCAGCAGCGGCGGCGGAGGGCGUGGCUGGAGGUGGCUGCGGCUGCUCAACUCCCCGGUGGAGACGGCGGAGGAGUCGGCCGGGAAGUCCAAGGGAAGCCUGCAGAGGAAGACUUCCCUGAGCCGACUGAACGCGCGGCUGCACCGAGGCCGCCACCGGGCCCAGAUCAUCCACAGCGCCUCCUUCAGGGACACGGGGGAGGUGGACAGAGGAGCGGACCUCCCCUGCAGUCCUCUCCGGACCAGACCGCUGUCCAACCUGUUCGGCUGAACUUAAAGCAGCAAAGCACAGCUACUAACCGGUUUGACAUGAUUUGAUUUGCAGAUUAUUUACCUUUUUAUAAUCCUACAGUUCAGAUAUUUUUAUGACAGAAAUACGAUAUAAAAACAGAGUCGAUUUUACAAGUUUAUCCCUUUUUUUUCUAUUGUAGAAAUUACUGAAAUAAUCCGAUUUUUAGAUUUUUCUUAACUUAUUUUUUGUUCCUAAUGCAGUGGACAAACUUUUACUGAUCCUGGCGGGGGAAGUCACAGCUCAAAUAGUUUUUUUUUUUUUUUUUUUUUAAAUCUUUUGGUGGUAUUUUUAAGCACUGAUUUGGAGUAACUAACAAACAAGACAUCAGGUAUUUGACUUUAGACUGAUGUUCACAUCGUGCAUUUAUGAAACAUCUUGUACUGAAGCAGGCUCUCACUUGAGUCACAAUUAGCAUCAAAUUUAGGUGGAAAAAAGCACUUUGGAUUGAUUUCACACUGUUUUCGAAAAGCCUGUUUCUGUUUACAAAACAAUUUAUUUAUAGAGUUCAGUUCCUUUUCCAGUUUUUUGGGUGGUGCUGAUGUUUUUUGUACAUUUCUGUAACGUGAACAAAUGUGAUUAUUUUCUAAAUAGCAGAUUUUAAUAUUCCAGUCUUUUUCACUCAACUGGUUUGCACUUGUCACUUUGAAGAUGGGUCGUGAUUAUGGGAUUGGGCGACAUAUACUAAAACCACACCAGCAAUUUUUGGUCUCACAUCCUGCUUUCAAGUUAAAUUUUUAGACUCGGCUGCAUACAUAAAAGUACAAAUGAGGUAUUUCACUUAUGAUUGUUGAUAGCUGGCACCAAAAGUGGGGUAAAAAUGAUGAAUGGGAUGGGUGGGGGGAUUUCCAAGACACCUUUGGAGACAUCCAGUUAGCAGAAUCGAGCAACUGGUCUUUUUGUUUCACAGUAAGCUUGUUUUAUUAUGUGUAAGCACAUGGAUGGCAUAGUUUCUAUGAAUUUUCUCAAGAAUACAAAGUACCUCAAAUAUUCUGAAGCUGGUUCACUUUUCUCUUUUUAUUUUGUGUGCGUCCACUGGUGUGUGUGGUGGUGUGGUUUGUAAAUCAUAGUCGGUGAUCUGCAGUUCUUUAGGCUUUUAUGACAUUCAGUCUUACAUAUUUGAGUAUUUUCACUCAAAAAUGUCUUACUUUUCUAAACAUAACACCUCAUCAUCAAGACAGGGCAUCAAAUAAAAGUCUUUUAAGUUCAGAUUUCCAUCUAGAUGGUUAUUGAUGAUCAGUUUUACAAGAAGGCAAUCAAUCAAACAAACCUUAUCAUGUUAUACUGAAUAGAUGGUCUCUUCUCUGCCUAAAUACAGGUUUGACCUUGCAUGUAUACAAUCUCUGGAUAUUUGAUCAAAUUAGUUUUUUUAAGCACCACUGAUCAUACUUCCUGAUUGAUUUCUCAAUUAUGUGAAUCUUACUGACUCAAUUUCAUGAAUGAUCCCUUUUGACUUUUGUAGCAUUUGUACUUAAACAAUCAAGCUCCAUGUAGUACUGUUGACUCUUUUGAUGUAGAAAUGCAUUCAACGGAUGGGCCUUUCUCAGCUGCAUGAGUAGGGGAAAUGUAAAUGGUGUGCACUGUUAUUUUUUUCACCUGUAAAUAAUUGUGUCAGUCUUGUGAUGUUAUUCAUCAGUACUGUGAUGUUAUUCUGUGUUGUGGAGUCACUGUUAAUGAGCAUCUCUCCUCUUUCUAGUCAUGCGACACUGGAUACUAUGAAAUGAAAUAAUGAUUGUUUGCAUAAAAUUAAAGUUCCCA